UAUGUCAUUGAUUUGUAGUAUUUGGACGUUAGGAGCGCUGGGGUCUGUUUCUUGGAUAUAUGUAUUUUAAAGAAGACGUAGUUCAGUCUACUCGCAUCUACUUGUGAGUUGCAAAUGGUGGACGGCCUGUCAUCGUCGUGUUAACAUCAGGUAAAAAUGUAUAAGGCAAGGACAGUAUUUAGUACACUGGCCCCCCUAGCACCACGUAUGUGCGGGCCACAAAGGUUUGCAUCAUGGUUGGUGAGGAGCCAUCCCCUGACAAGGACCACACAGAAAAUGGUUACUGAUUCAAUUAGAAAAUAUAACAGCCGUGUAGCCACAGAACCUUUUCUAAAUGGCAGUUCCAGUUCUUAUGUAGAAGAAAUGUAUAAUGCGUGGUUACAAGAUCCCAAUAGUGUACAUGUGUCUUGGGAUGCGUUUUUUCGUAGUAGCACUGCUGGAGCUCCACCAGGUGCUGCAUAUCAGGCUCCUCCUUCUCUUGCCCCAAGUCAUAACCAGAUACCAUUAGGAGCAUUAUUACCUCUUGGGGGUGGAUCCCAGUUGAGCCAAGUACCUAUUAAUGAAAAAAUAAUCGACGAUCAUCUUGCUGUGCAAGCUAUUAUUCGAUCUUAUCAGAUCCGUGGUCAUCAUAUUGCUAAAUUGGAUCCACUCGGCAUCAACAGCGCUGAUCUUGAUGAUAGACAUCCACAAGAGUUGCUCUAUAAUUAUUAUUCAUUCGAGGAGUCGGACAUGGAUCGUAUUUUUAAGCUGCCGUCCACCACUUUUAUCGGGGGUAAAGAAAAGGCAUUGCCACUCCGUGAAAUCUUGAGAAGAUUGGAAGCUGCUUACUGCGGUCAUAUUGGAGUGGAAUUUAUGUUUAUCAAUUCCUUGGAACAGUGCAAUUGGAUCCGACAAAAAAUGGAGACCCCAGGAGUUAUGGAGAUGACGAACGACGAAAGAAGACUUAUCUUGGCUAGAUUAACUCGUGCAACUGGAUUUGAAGCAUUCCUUGCACGUAAAUGGUCAUCCGAGAAAAGAUUUGGAUUAGAAGGAUGCGAAAUUUUGAUUCCUGCCAUGAAGCAGGUGAUCGAUAAAUCUACUGAACUAGGUGUCGAAUCUGUUGUCAUGGGUAUGCCUCAUCGCGGGCGUUUGAAUGUACUUGCUAACGUUUGUCGCAAACCCUUAAGUCAAAUAUUCACUCAGUUUGCCGCUCUUGAAGCAGCUGAUGAUGGUUCUGGUGAUGUUAAAUAUCAUUUGGGAACUUACAUUGAGCGUCUAAAUCGAGUAACAAACAAGAACAUUCGUUUAGCCGUCGUUGCAAAUCCAUCUCAUUUGGAAGCUGUUGAUCCGGUAGUACAAGGAAAAACUCGUGCAGAACAAUUCUACCGUGGUGAUGGCGAAGGCAAGAAGGUCAUGUCUAUUCUUCUGCACGGUGAUGCCGCGUUUUGUGGACAAGGUAUUGUUUUUGAAACAAUGCACUUGUCAGAUUUACCUGAUUAUACAACUCACGGUACUAUCCAUAUUGUGGUGAACAAUCAAAUUGGAUUUACCACCGAUCCAAGACAUUCACGAUCAUCGCCCUAUUGCACUGACGUCGCAAGGGUAGUGAACGCACCCAUUUUCCACGUUAAUUCGGAUGAUCCUGAGGCGGUGAUGCACGUUUGCAAAGUCGCUGCUGAAUGGAGAGCAACUUUCCACAAGGAUGUUGUCAUUGACAUUGUGUCGUAUAGACGUAAUGGUCACAAUGAAAUUGACGAACCUAUGUUUACACAGCCUUUAAUGUAUCGUAAAAUCAAAAAUACUCCACCAGCUUUGGAUAAAUAUGCUCAAAACCUUACCAACGAUGGUGUCGUCACUCCGGAGGAAGUUAAGGAUGUCAAAGACAAAUAUGAAAAAAUCUGUGAAGAAGCGUACGUUAAUGCUAGACAAGAAACACACAUUAAGUAUAAGGAUUGGCUAGAUUCUCCAUGGUCUGGUUUCUUUGAGGGAAAAGAUCCACUGAAAGUAUCUCCUACUGGCAUUAAGGAAGAUACACUUAUUCACAUUGGAAAGAAAUUCUCGUCACCUCCUCCUAAUGCGGCUGAGUUCGUCAUUCAUAAAGGUAUUGAACGUAUUCUGAAAUCGCGUAUGGAAAUGAUUGAGGCUAGAACAGUGGACUGGGCUCUUGGAGAAGCAAUGGCUUUCGGUUCUCUGCUUAAAGAAGGCAUUCACGUUAGAUUGUCGGGUCAGGAUGUAGAGAGAGGAACUUUCUCUCACAGACAUCAUGUUCUUCAUCAUCAAACCGUAGACAAGGCUACGUACAGGCCAUUGUGCUACCUUUAUCCAGAUCAAGCUCCAUACACCGUGUGCAAUAGUUCUCUAUCAGAAUUUGGUGUACUUGGAUUUGAAUUAGGUUAUUCUAUGACAAAUCCAAAUGCGUUGGUAUGUUGGGAAGCACAAUUUGGCGAUUUUAACAAUACAGCACAAUGUAUAAUUGAUCAGUUUAUUAGCAGUGGCCAAGCUAAAUGGGUGCGUCAAUCUGGUCUUGUUAUGUUGCAACCUCAUGGACUCGAGGGAAUGGGUCCGGAACAUUCGAGUGCUCGUUUAGAGCGCUUCUUGCAAAUGUCUGCGGAUGACCCAGAUUAUUUCCCCCCGGAAAGCGAAGAAUUCGCUGUACGUCAGUUGCACGAUAUUAACUGGAUUGUUGCUAAUUGCAGUACACCAGCAAAUUAUUUCCACAUUCUAAGAAGGCAGAUUGCAUUGCCAUUCAGAAAACCAUUGAUUUUGAUGACACCAAAGUCACUGCUCCGUCAUCCGGAAGCAAAAUCCAGUUUCGAUCUAAUGUUGGAGAAUACGGAGUUCCUUAGAGUGAUACCAGAAGAAGGUCCAGCUACUCAAAAUCCUAACAAUGUUAAAAGAGUGCUGUUCUGUUCCGGCAAAGUUUUCUAUGAUUUGAAGAAAUCACGCGCGGAAAGACAAUUGGAGGAUAAAAUCGCUAUUGCAAGAGUUGAACAGAUUUCACCUUUCCCAUACGAUUUAGUUAAGAAAGAAGCUGCUAAAUAUCCAAAUGCAGAAUUAAUAUGGGCCCAAGAAGAACCUAAAAAUCAGGGUGGCUGGACAUACGUUCAACCCAGAUUCAAUACAGCUCUUAACGGAACCCGCCCUGUAUCCGGUGGAAAUACGUCAAGUGAAAGUAGCGGAGGGUGGUUUAGUGGUUGGUUUUCAUCAUCUAAACCAACAACAACAACCGCAUCCAACUCCGAAUCAGUAGAAUCUGACAAACCCAAACAGAGAACAGUGAGAUAUGUUGGUCGCCCAACGGCAGCUUCGCCUGCAACAGGAAGCAAGAUGCAGCACCUUAAGGAACUCAAACAGUUGUUCGACGAUUCUUUUAAUAUUUAAUUAUCCUUCGUAGCGCUAUGUAGAACACACAUUUUAUUUAUUUUCUCACACUAUAUUUGUUAUAUAUCUUUUGUCCUGCUCUACAUGCACCCUUGCAGAGAUUAUCAGAACUUGGAAUAGUUUCUCCAUUACUGAUUCAUUUCUAGAAUUAUCGUACGCGCAAAUGUUUUCAUAAUUGAGCUUAGUUAAUGACUUUUUUUAUCCUAUAUCUAGUAAAAAUUACACGCUGCCAUCUUAUUUUAAUCAAUUUUAAAUGGUUGACUUUUUAUUUUUGAAAUUGAAAGAAAAAGGAAUAUUUAAGUCGGAUGCAAAUUUGAUUCGAAAUGUGUAAACUAAUGUAAGUAAUUUUAUAUUAAUGUUUAAUUUUUCUUCGCAGCGCAUAUUCACAUAUUCGCAAUGAGUAAUUUAUGUAAAUGUAUGCAUUUCAUUCUUAUUUAAUGUUUGAAUGCGAUUCUGUAUUUUUUUUUUUUUUUUUAAUACGUGAUAUAUAAUUUAUGUUAGUAUGCGAGUUGAAUGUUGAGGCCAGUGUAUGUUUGAGUUUACAAAAAUCUUUUAUUACUGUAAAUAUGCCAAAAAAAAAAAUAUGAAAAUUACAUUAAUAUAAUACUUCCCAACAUUCUUUACUCAUUGCUCAGUUUGUAAAUUUUGUAGAAAACAGAUUUUACAUGAAAUGAAAAUAUUUGCGCGUAAACAUUUGUACUUUAUUUUGUUAAUAUGUCGAUAAACUAAUGUUAUGGAUCGAAUAAGAUUAAAAAAAGAAAGUAUUAUUUUUAAUUUAUGCAACAUUUUACGCAGAGCGUAAAUGUAUUGAUAGUUAUAUGACUAGAGAUUCGAAUAAAACCUUUUGAGGCUGGUAAAGAGAAUUUACGACAAUUUUUUUAUUCGUUUACUUUUGUCGUAGAGAAGGACAUCCAAUCAAUUUAAUUUUUUAUCGUCGCUCUAUUUUAUUUUUAUAAAAAAUUAAAUGAUUGGUAGGAUGGCAGGAAUAAACGAGAAAAAUAAGUUGUAGCGUUAGACUCGGUUACGUAACGUACAUAGAUUUGCGUAAGUGUAAUAAGAAAGAAUGUUGACGAAAUCGAGUCGUAAUGUUACUCCUCGAAAGGUUUCGAAAAGCUCAUCCUUUUGAAAAGAGUGAUGGGAGUAGAAGACAAAUUGCUAGUACUAGUGAAUAUUUAGAGCAAAAAGAAAAAUUGUAAUAUUAUUCUAUUUGAGUCAGCUGUGAGCGUUGGUUGCUGCAUAGUCUGCGAAGGCACAGUAUUUAUGUUCUUCUGUAUACAACUCGUUUGAAAGAUGGAUUUUUGUGAAUGGAAUAUUUAUCGUACCGUGUAAUUGAUUGGAAAAUGUUGUAUCUAUUUUGAUUAGAUACAUUUGUGAUUGGUAAAUGUUUGUGUAAAUGCUGGAACUGCAAUUUUCUUCUGUUUAACAUAUGUACAAAACAAAAUAGUAUUAUGAUAUAUUAAAACUCGAUAGAAUAUUAUAGAUGCAAUGUGGUCCAAUGCAAACUGCGGUACUAUUAUUCCACUCUUGUUAUUAUAUGCAUAAUAACGAUCACACAUAUGUGUAUGCUUUAAUAAUAAAGAUCGAUAGAUUGGAAUUAUUAGUGCAAAUAAAUUGAAAUUUAUUUAGUACGAAUACGUU